AUGGCGGACGGGCCGACGGUGCGCGUGUGCCAGGGGGCUCUGCGCGGCAGCAGCGUGCCGGGCGCCUGGACCAGCAGCUACCUCGCCUUCCGCGGCAUCCCCUACGCACAGCCGCCUGUCGGGGAGCUGCGCUUCAAGCCGCCGCAGCCGGGCGCUCCCUGGAGCGGAGUGCGGGACGCGACCAGCGAGGGCAGCGUGGCUCCCCAGCUGGACGGUGACACGGGCCGCUACGUGGGCAACGAGGACUGCCUCUUCCUCAACGUCUACACGCCGCGGCUUCCUUCGGAGGCCACCAGGGAGCUGCUGCCUGUGAUGGUGUUGGUGCACGGCGGAGGGCUGGUGCAUCUGUCUGGGAGCAGCCAGUGGUGGGGACCGGACUUCCUCGUAAGGCGCGGCGUCGUUAUGGUUUCCUUCAACUACCGGCUCGGAGUACUGGGUUUCCUGGCUACCGGCGACUCCGUGGUGCCCGGCAACAUGGGCUUCAAGGACCAGGUGAUGGCGUUGCGCUGGGUGCGCGACAACAUCGCCAGCUUCGGCGGGGAUCCUGACAACGUCACCAUCUUCGGGGUCAGCGCAGGCGGCUGGUCUUGCCACGCGCUCAUGAUGUCGCCUCUAGCUAAGGGUCUGUUCCGGCGAGUGAUCGCACAGAGCGGCGUGGCAGUGGGCGACGGCGCGUUCAGCGCGCGGGUGCCGGAGCGCUCGUUCGCGCUAGCUGCCCACCUCGGCCUCACGACAACAGACUCCAGCCAGCUGCUCGACAUCCUGGCGCGCCAGCCCGCCACGGCGCUCGUCGAGAACACUCUUCAAGGUCGCACCGAGGAGGACAAGGCGCGUGGGCUGAUGUUUCCCUUCGUGGGCACCGUGGAGCCGGCAGGAGAGGGUGCCUUCCUGACGCGCCACCCCGAAGACAUCCUGCGCAGCGGCGACUUCCAGCAGCUGCCGCUCAUCACGGGCGCCACCGCCUUCGAGGGCUCACUCUUUCUCCCAGAUCUGCUGAAGGAGCCGAAGAUCGUAACGAAUUACGCUGUGAACCACCGGCUACUCAUUCCAUACAACCUCCGGUGCAGAGACGAGGACAGGGAUACAGUGGCAGAGCAGAUACGCAGUUUCUACUUCGGAGACCGAGCGAUUGGUAUGGAUACUAUGAAGGAGCUUUGCAUGCUGCGAGGCGACGCGAUGUUCACCUACCCCGCAGUGAGAGCGGCAACAGCUCACAGCGCUAAGUCUGUGGCACCUGUGUACUUUUACAAAUUAGAUGCCUUCAGAAAAAUGGUCCUAGGAGAUACAGUUCCAGAAGAGGUGAAGCAACAGGCGGAAAAAACUGAUGCUGCCGGCCAUGGAGCAGACUUGGGAUACCUGUUUCGAUGUGUACUCUAUCCUGAGAUACCAGAACCAAGUUCUCCCGAUGGGAAGAUCAUUGACACGAUGACACGACUAUGGACAGACUUCGCCAAGACAGGGAGUCCGACGCCUGGGGCGGCGGAGGACGAACAGCUGCAGUCGGAGGCGGCGGCGGCGGAGCAGUGGCCGGCGUUCAGCGCGGAGGCGGGCGCCUACCUGCUCGUCAGCCCCGGCGGCUUCAGCGUCGUCCACAGGCCUUUCGCCCAGCGGGUCGCUUUCUGGGACAGCUUGUACACCCGCAGCGACUGGCACUUGUAUUAGAAGACUGGUGCCCAGGCCUGGAGGUCUCCUUAGUCGGCGGCCUGGAAGUUCGUCAUUGGUGGUGAUGCUCAAAGUGCUGCUCGCAGCGUCCACGGACUCUUCAAGGCGCCGGCUCCGGCAGUAUCAAUAGGCUACGAUACUACAGUGCCGACUAUAUCUCUCUUCAAUAUAAAUCGUACAGAUGGGUGUGGCAGAUUAGGGAUUUUCAAUUCAAUGUGUAUAAUUCGCGAUGUUUAGCUCUUAAGUUGCUUUUCUCGGUUUCACCACCACCACCGUACUUCCCCUCCGGCAACCGCUUAACCAACGUGCCACGGCGUCCCUCAUGCCUCAGGGAGUGAAAACUGUUCUGACAAAAUUAGUCAUUUAGUGCCGUGACAAAUAUAUUUGUAGCUGCGGUUGA